UCUAUGUAAAGAGAUAAUAUGUGUUUGGUAUUAUUUGCGUGUUACCAACAGCUUCCUUUGGCACAUGGUUUUUUAUUAACUGUAAAUUUGUUUUUUUGAUAAAAAAUUUCUACGGAAAUUAAGUACAAUACCGCAAUGAACUAAUAUUUCAAUUAAUGAAGAGCUGUGGCUUAUUUGACUGCUUUGAAUUAACUAAAUUUAAUGCAGUGGAAAUUAAUUUAGUUUCUUAAUUAAAAAAAAAUUAAAUGAAUAUUUUGAUUUUAGUUAAUAAAUAAUUUUCAAAUUUUGAGGAUAUUAUUUUUGGUUUUAUUGCGAACGCUUUGAAAUACAAUGUUAAGGAAUGAAAAGGGUUUGUAAUAUAUGGCUCUGCCUUUUUCCAACCUCUCUCUAUUUAAUUGAUCACUCACUUGAUUCAUGAUUCGCUCUCAACCCCCAAAAUAAUAAUUAUCAUCAGAAAGCAUUUUCCCACCGCAAGCAAUUAAAAAGGAGAUGCCAAUCAGAAUGCAUUUAAUUGCCACAAAUCAUCACUAUUCAUCAAUUGCACGAAGGCCAAACGAACUUACAUGCGUUUAUAAAUUAGCACAUUCCGCACAGUCACUUUUGCGCAAUCAAAACAGACGGACGGAGAAUGCAAAAGCUCAUAAUUCUACUGCACAGUGUUGCAUUUUGCUGCGUUCACACUGCGCCGCUGCCCGGACCACAGGACUUCCAAACUGGCGCCCUCAUGCUGAUGGGCCAAGUGAAGGAGGUAUUCGAGAAUGGUGCAGCCACACGCGAUCAAAAGGAAUUCGAGUUUAUGGGCGCCAAGGUAAGCAAUGAUAUGGCAUUCGGUUUUGGCGAUGCGCUCAAAAUGCCUGGACGUAGACGCAGACGUGAGGUGGAGCCACCGGCAAUGGGUGCGGAUAAUUCCUUAAGCUAUGAUGAUUCGGAUUAUAUAUUACCUAAAUCUCAUGAAAUAUGUAUACCAUUUGUUGAUCCUGAGGAGUCUUUCGACAUUGAGGAACGUAAGAAGCGUGCUGCCCGCCACAGUUCUUCGCAGAGUAGUUCAUCCGACUCUUCGUCAUCUUCAUCGUCCUCAUCAUCUUCCUCUUCGAGUGAAUCUGAUUAACGUUAGGCGAUGACGACGGUUGGGAAAUCUCAAAUUUAAAUAAAUUUUUUUUUCGGAAGGGAAAAGAACUUUGAGUAUUGAUUUCUGGUACUCGGAGUUGCAUUGGUACAGCAACCGAGUGUUUGUUGAUGGAUAUCCAGUAGAAUUAGUGAAGCCAUAUCGACAUAAGUUUAGAAGUAGAAUUCUAUCUUCCUCCUAAUAUUCUAUACAUUAACGUAAUAAUCUUAAAAAAAAAAAAAAUUAGUGGACUAACAGAAAUCAAAUAGAUCUUAGAACUUAGAGAACAUAAGCUUAUGAGAAUAAUUCUGUCUUCCACGGAACACUCUGUCCAUUAACCUAAUAUAUUCGACAAAAAUGAAUGAACCGAAGAUAUGUGAUUUCUUUGUCACGGAAGUUGAUGUUCGGUUUCAGCUAAAGAGAAUGGUAAAGGAUGACUGAGGUCUGAGGUCCAUAUCAACGAGUCAGAGAUCCUUGGUUAACAUUGUUACAAUGACUAUCAGUUCUUUUGGUAAUAAGAGGUCCCAGAAAUACUAUGAAUACAAAAUUAUGCGAAUGAAGUUGAAGUUCGGUUAGGUCCUUUAGUUCCUGGUAGGGUUUCAAUUCUGUGACUCUGUAUUUUGUUCAAAAAUUAGAAAUGGAUAUCUUUAUGGUCUAUAAAAUACAGCAAGGAUGGUUGAAGCUUUCCUAAAACUAGGUUGAACUACUAUAUAAUCUUCAUCGUUGGGGUGAUAUUCCCGAUAUUUAGAUAUAGUCCUCAAAUUAAUGGUUUCGAUUUAUAAAGCGAGUAAUGCACUGAUUUAAUGAAUAUAGUUCGGGGAACCUUAUGAGACGCUAACAAUCUGAAGACCUUGAUCAAAAUCCGGCUCUAAUAUAGUUUUUUACAACGUCUCUUCUCACAAAACUACCGUUACAAACACAAAUCUCCCACACACAGCUUUUUUGCUAAUUGUUUAUAAAAAUUUCCACCAUUACAUACAUCCAACGUAAUCGCGAUGUGAACAACCGUUACAAAUCGGAUUAGACGAUACAAAGACCGAACACACAAA